AUGAACGAGACCGCGGAGCUCUGGGUCGUCGCGAUCGGAGCUACGCUCUUCUUCGCGGUGUUACUGGCCACCUGGCGCUCCUGGUGCGAGUGCGAGGAGCCGGAGCCGCCGGCGCCCCUGACCCCCGAGCAGAGCCAGAGGGCCGCCCUGGCGGCGCUGGCGGCCCUGGAGCCUCCUCCGGUGGCCGCGGUGGUGCUGCCGCGCUUCCCGUACGUGCGGGGCAGGGCGUCGGAGUCGGAGACCCUGGUGUGCGCGAUCUGCCUGGAGGCGCUCCGGGACGGCGAGGCGUGCAGCGAGGUGCCCCGGUGCCGGCACGUGUUCCACGGCGACUGCGUCGGCGCGUGGGCGAGGAGCAAAGGUAGCUGCCCGCUGUGCAGGGCGAAGAUCCCGCCGGGAUCCGGCGGCGCCGCCGCCGCCGAUGACAUGGUGUAG